ACCCGGUUUCGAACAGACGGACCGAAACGACCCCUCCCUUCCGCUUCGAACUUGAGAGCGCCGUGAAGAGAAGAGAAGAAGAAAAAGGCGAGAAAAAAAUGGAAGGCUUCGAGCUGAGCGACCUGGUUCCGGGCUUGCCCGGCGAGAUCGGGCUCGAGUGCCUGACCCGGUUGCCCCACCCCUCCCACCGGGUCGCCUCCUGGGUCUGCCGGUGCUGGCACCAGCUGCUCGAGAGCCGCGAGUUCUACCACCACCGCCGGCACCUCGGGUACACCCGCAAGGUCGCCUGCCUCGUCCAGGCCCUCCCCCGCCCCGCGCCCCCGCCCGAGGCGACCGCCGCCGGCGGGGGGUCGAAGCCCACCGACUCCCCCGGCUACGCCGUCACCGUGUUCGACCCGGUCGGCCGGGCCUGGGAGCGGCUCGACCCGGUCCCCGGGUACCCGGGCGGGCUCCCUCUGUUCUGCCAGGUCGCCGGCUGCGAGGGCGGGAAGCUGGUCGUCAUGGGGGGCUGGGACCCGGCGAGCUACGACCCGGUGACGGACGUGUUCCUCUACGACUUCGCGUCGCGGCGGUGGAGGCGGUGCGCGCCCAUGCCGUCGAAGCGGUCGUUCUUCGCGGUCGGGUCGCACGGGGGCCGGAUCUACGUGGCCGGUGGCCACGACGAGAACAAGAACGCGCUGAGGACGGCGUGGGCCUACGACGCGUGGGGGGACGAGUGGACGGAGCUGCCCCCGAUGACCCGGGAGCGGGACGAGUGCGAGGGGAUCGUGGUGGGCGGCGAGUUCUGGGUGGUGAGCGGGUACCGCACGGACAGCCAGGGCGAGUUCGAGGGCAGCGCCGAGGCCUUCGCCGGCGGCGAGUGGAGGCUGGCCGAGGGGGUGUGGGAGGCGGGCCGGUGCCCGAGGUCGUCCGCCGGCGGCUUCGGGAGCGACGGCAGGAUAGUGAGCUGGGCCGAUUCGGACUCGAGGGUCCAGGUCGGGCCGAGCGGGGUGGCGGUGGGGGACAUGACCCUGGUGACCGGGUCGGAGUACCAGGGGGCGGCGCAGGGGUUCUACGUGAGGGCGGGGCAGGGCGGCAAAUUCGAGCGGGUCGGCGACGUGCCCGACGGGUUCGGCGGGUUCGUCCAAUCGGGUUGCUGCGUGGAGAUUUGAUCGCGCCGGAGUUUUGACUCUCGCGUCCGCCAGUGGCUCCGGGUUUUGCACGGCGACGAGGGGGCGGUAGAAGAAGGAAAGAGCCAUUUGGGCUCGGAGCGUUUUGAGUCUUUUUGCUUUAGGCUUCCAUCAAGGCUAUAUAGAACGAGAGAUGCUGUCGGUUGUAUUGCUGCUUUUGCUUCGAUUCUGCUUAUGUAAAUAAUUACACACUGAGUUGAGCAAUUUUGUCGGGAAAAA